GAGAGAUGAGGGAGGGCGUGGGGGGGAUGAGUGCACAUGCACGGUGACAGGACUGAAGACACACCUCUAUCGCUCCUGAUUCAGCGGAACAGAUUUAUUCAUCACCUCUCCCUGCAAGCCUCACACAGCAAGCCUGCCGCAAACCAAACAAGCCCAAACCAGCACCACCUGACUGACCGACGGGCUGCCUGCACAGAUCCUGCUGUCCCUCUGACCGGAGCACUGAGUAGUGGCCACUGCAGAAAGAAACCACCCCAAUGGAGGAGCAAACAGUGAAUGUGAAUGAUCAGAAUCGAAAAAGCGACACCUGCGCUGAGGAUGUCAAUGGACAAGCUGCAGGACAAGUAGACAACUGACAACAUCUGUUUCUUCAUCCCAACCUGAGGACCCCUCCUGCAGGGAGAUGUGCUUUGUUAUGGGAUAGAUGCACAGGACUACAUGUUGCCAUGGAUACCAGCACGCGUAAAUUCGCUGUGCGCAGAUGGUUUUCCAUCUACUUGAAGAACAAGGCAGCAAGGAACAAGAACAGCACAGGCUUCUGUCAAUUUGAGGAUGACAGCAUAUUGAAGGAGUUUGACAUCAGCCAUCAUGUUAAGGAAGGAUCUGAAAAAGCAGACCCAUCUCAGUUCCAGCUGCUCAAGGUUCUUGGACAGGGCUCCUAUGGAAAGGUGUUUCUGGUGAGAAAGAUCAGAGGAGUAGACAGAGGUCAGCUGUAUGCCAUGAAAGUUCUGAAGAAAGCCACACUGAAGGUUCGAGAUCGAGUGCGGUCUAAAAUGGAAAGAGACAUUCUGGCAGAAGUGAACCACCCAUUUAUAGUUAAACUGCACUACGCUUUCCAGACCGAAGGGAAGCUGUAUCUGAUCCUUGACUUCCUUCGUGGAGGAGACCUUUUCACUCGACUUUCAAAGGAGGUGAUGUUCACAGAAGAUGAUGUUAAGUUUUACCUCGCAGAACUGGCCCUGGCCUUGGACCAUUUACACAGUUUGGGCAUCAUCUACCGGGACCUCAAACCUGAAAACAUUCUACUGGAUGAAGAGGGACACAUCAAGAUAACUGACUUUGGCCUGAGUAAAGAAGCCAUUGACCAUGACAAAAGAGCCUAUUCCUUCUGUGGAACCAUAGAGUACAUGGCUCCAGAAGUUGUUAACAGGAGAGGUCAUACCCAGAGCGCCGACUGGUGGUCGUUUGGGGUACUUAUGUUUGAGAUGUUGACUGGAUCACUGCCAUUCCAAGGAAAAGAUCGGAAAGAAACAAUGGCGCUUAUUUUGAAGGCCAAGUUGGGAAUGCCACAGUUCCUGAGUCCUGAAGUGCAAAGCUUGUUAAGAGCUCUAUUCAAGAGGAACCCCACAAACCGAUUAGGUGCAGGACUGGACGGAGUGGAAGAAAUUAAAAGGCAUCAUUUCUUUGCCUCAAUAGACUGGAAUAAGUUGUACAGGAAGGAGGUGAGACCUCCAUUUAAACCAACGGUUGGCAGACCUGAAGAUACUUUCCACUUUGACCCAGAGUUCACAUCCAGAACACCCACCGAUUCUCCCGGCAUUCCUCCGAGUGCAAAUACACACCAGUUGUUUCGUGGUUUCAGCUUUGUUGCAACAAAUCAAAAUCAGGAGCCCAGUGUUGCUAUGGUAACACCUUCCCAUCCGGAGGUGAACAACGUGAAUCCCAUAGCACAGCGUCUCCAUAGUGAUGUGCCCUUUAGUGAUGUUUAUGAGCUGAAGGAAGAAGUUGGACAAACAGCAGGAUCUGCCUGCAGACGAUGUUUGCACAGAAUCACUGCUGUGGAAUAUUCAGUGAAGAUUAUAGACAGAGCGAGGAAAGAUCCAUCAGAAGAGGUGGAGAUUCUGCUACGAUAUGGACAGCACCCGAAUAUUAUCAACCUGAAGGAUGUGUUUGAUGACGGGCAGUGUGUGUUCCUGGUUCAGGAUCUACUGAGAGGAGAAGAGCUACUGGACAGAGUUCUGACAGUGCCAAAUUUUACAGAAAAAGAUGCAUCAGACAUCCUCUGCACCCUAACCAAGACUGUGGAAUAUUUACACUCACAGGGGGUUGUGCAUCGGGACCUAAAACCCUGUAACAUUCGGUAUUCAGAUGACACUGGUCUCUCAGAAUGCAUCAGGAUCUGUGAUUUUGGUUUUGCCAAACAAUUAAGAGCUGAGAAUGGUUUACUGAUGACCCCCUGUUACACAGCAACUUUCAUGGCUCCUGAGGUUCUGAAGAAGCAAGGCUAUGAUGCAGCCUGUGAUAUCUGGAGUCUGGGCAUCUUGCUGUACACCAUGAUAGCUGGCUUCUGCCCAUUUGCCAGCAGUCCAAAGGACACAGCAGAGGAAAUUCUUGCACAAAUUGCCAGUGGGAAGGUCCUUAUUACAGGAGGAAAUUGGGACCUGGUGUCUGACACUGCUAAGGAUAUUGUGACCAAGAUGCUCCACGUGGACCCUCACCAGCGCCUGACUGCCCCGCAGGUUCUCCGUCACCCCUGGAUUGUGGCAAGAAACCAACUAUCUGAGAGUGUUCUAACCCGCCAAGAUGUUGCCACUGUGAAGGGAGCGCUGUCCGCCACCUACUCUGCUCUGAGGCGCUGUGCUCCUGGUCCAGUCCUUGAACCUGUUCAGUCCUCCAGCCUGGCUCAGAGGAGAGGGAUGAAAAAACUACAAAGUCCCAAAGCUCAUUCAGAAUCCAAAGAAAAGAACCAGCUUCCAUCAGCAGUCUCUAAACAUCAAUCAAAAUAACUGAAAUAUUACCCCUGUGCCCACAUACAAGAGGUAUUUGGAAAGCACGUUAAAGCACCUUGUGACAAAAU